CCGGUAGUAAACACAGCUGUGACGGUGUCUUCCUCUCCGCGCUGACUCCUCUCUCACUCCUCACCAUGGCAGAAAACCAAGGAGACAUCAUCGAGCAGCACACGGAGGAGGAGAUGGAGAAGAGGACGCUGCCCUUCCCGGGGACCGGGACUCCUUCAGAGAGGGGGGAGCAGACCGGGACUCCUUCAGAGAGGGGGGAGCAGACCGGGACUCAGUCCUCUCACAGGCUACUAGCCUACAGCGACGCUCUCAUCUCCAUCAUCGCAACUGUCAUGAUCUUACCUGUUGCUCAUACAAAGGUUGAAGACACAGAGGAGUUGAGGCAGAGCGUUCAGCUCCUCCUGACCACAAAGAUCGCCGUUUAUCUGAUGACCUUCAUGAUUGUGACCGUAGCCUGGGCCGCUCAUAUCAGGUUAUUCCAGGUGAUUGUUCGCAUCGAUGACUGCCUCGCUCUCCUCAACCUGGCGUGUAUGAUGCUGAUCACCUUCCUGCCGUACACGUUCUCCCUGAUGGCCAGCUUCCCUGAAAACGUUCUGGGGAUUUUACUGUUCUCUGGCUGUGUGAUGCUGAUGGGCGCCAUUCAGUGUCUGAUCGUGUUGUACGCCUUUAGCCGUCCCUUCCUGUUGAACCAUCAGAUCCAGAUCUCAGAGAAUCAAGCCUUUUAUAAAGAACACAUCCUUAAAGUCAUCAUGCGUGUUCCUCUCAUGUGCCUCAUUGCCAGCGUCUUCUCCUUCAUCUUCUUCCAGCUGUCUUACGUCCUGUUAGCCAUCGUCAUCUUCCUGCCCUACAUCUCUCAGUCUCUGAAGUGGUGUCGAAACAAAGCCAUGGGCCAGGUGGAGGAGACUCCAGACUCCAUGAUGUUCUACACCUACCUGCCCAACGAACCGCUCAGCAAGGAGCGCGUGGAGGCGUUCAGUGAUGGCGUCUAUGCCAUUGUAGCCACGCUGCUCAUCCUGGACAUCUGUUGUUCUUGCUCCUUUGUCACCGUUGGCUUGCUCUGGUUUGUGCACCAUUCGCUCUUCCUCCACGUUACUAAGGCCACACGCUUCAUGGGCCUCCUGAACACCUUCUCGCUGGCAUUUGUCGGAGGCUUGCCUUUAGCCUACCAGCUAACUCACGAGUUCCCAGAUAACUCCCGUAAUGAGCUAGAGGCCAUCCAGAUAAGCUGUGUCAUCAUUUUCUUUGCCGGGAUCUUUCAGCUAGGGAUCUGGGUGGUGGCUCUGUACAACGAACAGGAAACACUGCACCCUUAUGUUCGCUAUGGUGGGCGCGAGCACGUCUUCAUGCUGGCUAAGCUAGCUCUGUACCCCUGUGUAUCCUUAGGGACUUUCUUCCUCACCUGUAUCCUGAGUAAAUUCAGCGCUCCCAUUUUCCACCUCAUGGAGAUCACUGUGCCUUUUGCUUUCCUCGUGCUGAGGCUGCUGGUACGGAUUGGCUUAGCUCUGCUACGGCUGAUUUUCUGUCCUGAUAGACUAGACCAGAGAUCCAUCAUCAUUGAGGAGGAAGAUGAGGCGAGAGUGCCGUUUAAUGCUUUAGUGACUUAGCUAUUUUAAGGAGAGGUUUGGUCUAAAGUCGAGCUAACAGAACGAGCAGGAUAUCUAUGAAGGAGUUGCUGGGAGGGUUUAAAGAAGAAAGCACUGUUUUCAUCCUUUAAACUGGUUCAAACCCGAGCCCUAUCCUGUGAAAGAACCAGAGGGAACGAGGUCAGAAGAGACGUUUGAAGUGAAAGCUGUAGAAAAGAGAACCAGAGUUGUAGAGGACAGUAACAGCCAGAACUUGGCAAAUAAACCAUAAUCCUUGCCAGAGCACGUCCAUUUAACCCCCAUCCCAACCAGAGCCCGUCCGUUUAACCCCCAUCCCAACCAGAGCCCGUCCGUUUAACCCCCAUCCCAACCAGAGCCCGUCCGUUUAACCCCCAUCCUAACCAGAGCCCGUCCGUUUAUCUCCCAUUCUAACCAGAGCCCGUCCGUUUAACCCCCAUCCCAACCAGAGCCCGUCCGUUUAACCCCCAUCCCAACCAGAGCCCGUCCGUUUAACCCCCAUCCCAACCAGAGCCCGUCCGUUUAACCCCCAUCCUAACCAGAGCCCGUCCGUUUAACCCCCAUCCCGAACAGAGCCCGUCCGUUUAACCCCCAUCCUAACCAGAGCCCGUCCUUUUAACUCCCAUACUAACCAGAGCCCGUCC